GAUUCCUACACAACACUACCACCGUGCUCCCAUUUGAAUAAGGUUUUGAGCUCCUCCUCUAGAGAAGCUGUGUUGAAAACCUAUGCAGCAGCAUUGCGAAUUGUUGUUAUUGGAAUUCAAUCGCAACAUUGCGGAGGAUCUGGGUAUUACAACCGGAAGGGAGUAAAAGUGAACAUAAAUCUGUUACAAAAAGUGAGAUCACGCAUUCUCCGUUGCAAAGAGUGUGAUGAAUCCCUAUCCAAGGGAGAAAUUGCAACUAGGCACAAUGAUCUCUACAUGUGUUUGCAAUGCACAAGUAUCGGAUGCUGGAGCAAAGGACACUCUUAUACCCAUGCCAAAAAUUCCGGUCAUGUCUUUGGCAUCAAUCCCGAUAAUGGUGAAUUCAUGUGUCUCAAAUGUGGUGACCUGGUAUCUCAUCCAACUCUUGAACGUAUUAGAUACAACAGUUUCAAAGCUGCAGGUGUCCUAAAAUUCUCCCCUGUGUUGCCUUAUUUUGAGACAGAACAUAACUUGAAAAAUCAUGACCUGAUUCACAAAUUCUCUCGAAUCCCCUCAUAUAAAGAAACUACAGGAUUGAGAGGAUUUAUAAAUUUAGGAUCGACCUGUUUCAUGUCAUCGGUCUUACAGACACUCAUACACAAUCCUUACUUGAAGCGUUAUUAUCUCAGCAAUGCACACUCAGACUGCCAAAAGCCUCACUCAGAGUGUAUGUCAUGUUGUGUCGGCGAUAUUUAUCAAGAUUUUUUCACAAAUCCUGCAAUCCUCGGAUAUGGACUUACUUCAUUUAUAGAAGCUGCUUGGAAAGUGAAAAGAUCAUUGGCUGGUUACAGCGAACAGGAUGCUCAUGAAUUCUGGCAAUUUUUAGUUCACCAAAUACACAAAAAUGACACUAAAAACUCAAAAUAUAGACAAAGUAAAGAAAGUACACCUUCCCUUGACAAUCAAGCUUUCAAAUCUUCAAAUGCUCACUGUGACUGCGUUAUCCAUAAAACAUUCUCUGGUACAUUGGAGAGUACUUUGACCUGUUCUGUUUGUGGUCAAAGUAGAAAAAUCGAAGAUCCAAUGUUAGAUGUGUCUCUAGAAAUUCAAAAUAAGCAGGGUUCUGAAAGGACAUCCUUGAAAGACUUGCAUUCAUGUUUCCGAAAAUACACAAGAAAAGAAGAGUUGGAUGUUUUAUACGAGUGUGAUUUCUGUGAGAAGAAAACGAGGGUCACAAAAAGAUUACGCCUGAAUAAACUGCCACCAGUGCUGAGUAUUCAACUAAAAAGGUUCGAACACAUAGGAAUUAGUUCGAAGCUUGAAUACCACAUUGAUAUACCAACUGUUCUUGAUGUCAAAGAAUACGUGUCUGAAACUAACAAUGGACAUAUCCCUAGCUACGAACUUUUUGGUGUGAUUUGUCAUUUGGGAAACGUCAAUACAGGGCAUUAUUUGGCUUAUGUUAAAACCAUCAACGGUGCGUGGUUCAAGUUUGAUGAUGCCACAAUUACGAGAGUAACUGAAGCAGAGGUGAAGAAAGUAAAUGGUUAUAUGUUGGUCUAC